GGCCAGGCAAGUUAAACAUGAGCAAUCAUGAAUCAUCACAGACACAAGCUUGCUAACGUUAGCCCUUAUUCAUUGUUCUAUUAGCUGACAUCCGUUCAUGAAAAGUUCAGUUAGUUGCAUGUUCUGCCUGAUUCAGAUAUAUCCAUCAUCAUAACUCUUCUCUCUCAGCUGAAUUAAUUGAUAGCCAGCAAGAUAACAAGCAAUAAUAUAACGUUAGCUAGCGGUGUCAAGUGGCAAGCUACAUUUUUCACUUUUUGUGAAAGAUGGCUGAUGCAGAUUUCGGGUUCGCGUCUGACAACGGAGUGCUGCCUGUCGAGGUGGACCCAGCAGCAGCUUUCUUAGCCCAGCAAGAAAGCGAAAUAGCGGUGAUAGAGAAUAACGACGAAGGAUUCGGUGCUUUGGACGGAUCCGUUGAGCUUCUCCAGCAACCGCCGGUAACCGAUUCACCUGCUGCUGUAGAAUACGAUGCCGGGUUUGCAGAAGCAUCAGCAGCCACUGUAAACGGAGACAUGUUUGAGCUGGAGUCCAACGGUCCAUCGGACAGCUAUGCGGCCAUCGCCCAGGUGGACUCUCUGCGAGCAGAGCCUGAGAGCCUGCGUAAGUGGAGGGAGGAGCAGAAGGCACGGCUGGAGCAACUAGACUCUGCGUCCAAGGCUGCGGAGGCUGAGUGGAAAGAGAGGGCCAAGCUAGAGCUGGAGGACUGGCAUGUGCACCAGAUUGAACAGAUGGAGAAGAACAAGGCCAACAACAGGAUUGCUGAUAAGACUUUCUACAAACAGCCCAACUCUGAAGUGAUAAACUUUUUGGCAUCUGAAGAGGCCUUCCUGUCUGAGGCUGACGGUGACAGCCCAGGGACGGAGUGGGAGAGAGUGGCCCAUCUCUGUGACUUCAACCCCAAGACCAACAAGACAGCCAAGGACGUGUCCCGGAUGCGCUCUGUCCUCAUAGCCCUCAAACAGACACCUCUGGUUCGCUAGUCGGGCCAAUGGAACGGAGGGGUGGUGAUGAUGAUGGUUCCUGUUUCCCUUCCUUUUAAAACGCCUGCUCAUGAGUUAUGAACCCUGUUUGCAUUAAGGCAGAAUGUGUACUAGGCUCUUCUCAUAUAUUGUAGAUCUACUCUUGGUGUAGGGUUUCUUUUAUGUUCAGACCCUCCUGUUUUCUGCUAUGUCUCCAACUUUUGGAGGAAAGGUAUUUACACUCUCCUGCCAUAUUUCCUUAUUCUGAUUUGAAUGUAUCCAGUUGAUAUAAUAUACCUCACUAACCUUAUUAAGAUGAAGGACUGACUGACCGCUCUCUGUCCUUUUACCUUCCCUCAGCAAUGCUUCUGUUUCACCACUACAUUACUGACGUUAAGAAAAUAUUUUAUUCAACUCCUUCCCUCUCAAACUUAGGGGGCAUUGGGUCAAACCCCUAUCUCUUAAGCAUGAUGCAUCUCUCCCAAUAUUUUGGAUGAAGUGUUUUCUAUUUGAUAAAAUAACGGAUUAGGUUUAAUCGUUAAUCUCGACUGUAAUUGUAAUGUUGAUGUAAUGUGUGAGGUCUAACCUAGCCAGUCCUGUUCGGGCACCACAUUAGGAGAUUGGAAACCACCGAUGCCUGUUUGUUUUUAAUUAAGAAUUGAUUCACCUAUUCAUUGGCUAGUAAUUUGUCCUGAAAUGUGAGACGCUACGAGCUUGUGGCCUUCCUGAACUCCUGUCACUGUUUAUACUUUUAGCAAGAUUAAUUUCCUUCCCACGCUCAACUAUUUUUUUUUAUAGCCAGGCAUUCUGAUCUGUUUUGUGCGGUCUUGCCAAACGUGACAAUGACCCUUUUUUUUUUAUACAUACGGUCUACGCAAUGACCAUAGGAGCUGGCAGGACAGCGCAAACCGAUCUGGGACCAGGCAGUCUGUUGAGUUAUGGCUGCGUGAGAGAGAAAUGCAACCAUUUCACACAAUCGUCCUAAAAUCUCAUAAGAAGUUAGGGCGUUUGUCUUCCAGUAACGUUUUACUGUGCUAUUGGGUUCUGUAGAAUACUAUCAUUAUGAUCUUGCGGACAUUGAUUCAGCUUUGAUCUAACGUUAUUAAACGAUUUAUAAACCAUUCACCAGAGUAGCCUGCUGAGACUGUGGACGUAGAGAACACCCACGCGUGCAGAAUCUUCCGGAACCCCUUCAGCACCCGGGGAAAGAAAGGUCCAGUGAAAGUCGGAUCCGCAGCCACUGUUGUUUUUUAAGAAUAAUAUAAUGGCCAAUAAUACACAUCUUGAAUGGCAUUAACAUGUUGUACACCGUCGAAUGAACACUAGUCUGAUGUUGAGUCAUAUUUUCAAACACUUCCCCCUUCAUUUUCAACUGCGUUGCCUCUGAAUCUGUGAUCAGCUGUUGCGUAUCAGGACUUGUCAUCAUCCAUCCUCACACAGAUGAGAGAAUGUUACAUGGGAACUGAAACUCUUUGUCCGUCAAUAAAAACGAUCUCUGAAA